UCUCCAAUUUUGACACUUGUUUAUUUUUCUUACAAAAAAAAUACAGGAGAAAAUUAAAUCGGUGUUUUGGGAAACUUCCGUGAACGCCGAGAUUCCUGGUUCAUCCUUUGGGGCAAGGAGGCCACCAAAGACUCUUUCAAAUACUAACGUCUUCAAUAAAUGUAUCACAGAGACUGAAAAGGAUGCUCCUGGCCGGGCCGAGUCAGUCUUCAUCGUACUCUUACGCUUCACCGCGUUUGAGCAACAUUUCCUCCAGAACUAGUCUCAGCAGCAAGUCAACUUCAAAUGAGAGUAUUCCCAUUUCAUCUGCCUCCAGCCGUCUAAUGAAAUCAUUCACAGUACAUCUAAAUCGCGGCACGGAAUUGCUCAAGCAAACAGUCCAACGUGCCAUUCUCUCCAAAGUCCCCACACCAAGCAAAGAACUCAGGACCGUUGCACCCACAAAAUACCACAAAGAUCCGGAUCGCUAUAGAACCAAUACAGCCAGCACAGAUAGUUUGGAAGCAGAAUUCUGCCAUUUUCGCCCCAUCAGACCGUAUCCGGUAAGCCUACAGGCAAACUGGCUCUACCGAAGACUGCCAAAGAGCCCACAGGCAGUGUACUACAGACCUAGAGCCAAUGGGAAAGAAAUCCCAUUGAUUCAGGUGGGAAAGAAGCCAGUUGUUCUGUCAAAAGGCCCUUCAGCAUUCUGUUCUCUCUCCCCGCAACAACAACAACCUAAUGCCAGAGAGACGUUCAAGGCUCCCGCGGGAGAUGUUAAAACAAGACAAAUGCGGAAGCGGAAGCUCCCGGAAGAGGAGAAACCCCCUCAAGCAGUAUCAGCACCCAAGAUGGUUCGUGUGACACGCAGUACAAGCCGUAAGAAUCUUCCGGAAGACGAUGCAAAGCCACAAAUGCGGAAGACACGUGCCAAUGGGCGGAUUGGGCAUCAUUUUGAGGCAAAGGAGCAAGAGAGGAGAGACUUUGAGUUGGCCAAGAAGCUCCAGAGUGAGCUAAAUGGUACAGCACGUUCCAGGAAUUCCACAGCUUCCGCUACGAGUGGCUAUUCGUUGCGCAGUAAGCGAAAAUCCGUGGAGAGGAACACUGAUCCACCCGUUAGGCGCACCACAAGACGCGUCAAUAAGACUUUUUGUUAAAAAAAAAUCAUUUUUUGUCGUCAAAUUCGUCCUCAUUACUAUUACAAGGACGACAACAUGAGGAGAACUCGAGCAAGAAGAGAGAAACUUAAAAGAAUUUUUUUCCCUAAAUUUAGUUUAUUUCAUCAAGUCUCUCAAAUAUGUUUAUUUUUGUGAUAAUUUAUUUUUUUACGCUCAAUUCACAAAAAAAUCCUCAUUAUUGUUUUAUUUGGAUUAAGGACGCGCUAUAAAAAAUUAGACUGUGUGCUGAUUAAUUGUGGGAAGAGUGAAAUAAACCUUCCGUCACAGCUGAAUUAUAUUAAAUCCGGAAGUUCACGAUGGCAGCAUAAACGAAAAUUCAUAAAAAAUAAUCCAAGAUGUACAUAAAAAAAAAACAAGAAAUUUCUGAUUUAAUAGAAAUUUAGAUUAUCCCAUAAAAA